CCGUCGCAUCACAAUCUGGUCAUUUUCUCUCUCAUCCCCUUCCUAUCUGCACAAAAUCUCUGCUUCGCCAAACCCCACCUUUAUAUUUUCUUUUUAAUCUCUUUUCUCAAUACUAAUUUACCCUUAAUCCCCCUUUCAAUCAAUCAAUUAAAUGCUGCAACCAUUUUUCUAUAAUCCGGGGACACAAAAUUAAUAGAAUAGUUGAAUUGAUUUUCAAUUUUUAUUUUAAUUUUUCGGCACAUCAGUUUUCUCUUUCCCCCACAACCCAAUAAAGUCGUUUUUUUUGCUGGAAAUAAAUAAAUAAAUAAAAUAAAUAAAUUAAUCACUAAACAAAACCAUUAACAAGAUACAUCUGAUAUUUAGAAGGGAUUGAAGUUGAAGGAGAACGAGAGUUUUCCAGAUUGCUCUCCUGCCCCAAAAUUUAAUUUGAUUAAAAAUUAAAUUAAAGGUGAAUCAUGUCCCAACAGCAAGUCGACGAAUUCGACUAUAUGGCUGAUGAGCAGGAUGUGGCAGAAUUCAUUGAUGAAGUGGACGGGGAGUUUUAUCAUAGAGAUGAUGGGAAUAUAGGAAUGGAUGAGUAUGAUUUGCUUACGAAGGUGACGGAUACCUCAGCUGCCAGUGCCAGACGAGGCAAAGAUAUUCAGGGUAUUCCGUGGGAUAGAUUGAAUAUAACGAGAGAGAAAUACAGGUUAACUAGGCUGGAACAAUACAAGAAUUAUGAGAAUGUACCCUCUUCAGGGGACUCCAUAGACAAGGAAUGGAAGUCCAAAGAGAAAGGUGGAAGUUACUAUGAGUUCUUCUACAAUUCAAGACUGGUCAAGCCUACGAUUCUACAUUUUCAGUUAAGAAAUCUUGUUUGGGCUACUUCAAAACAUGACGUGUAUCUCAUGUCCAACUAUCAAGUGAUGCACUGGUCAUCAUUAACUCGAAAUUUGUCGGAAGUUGUUAAUUUUGCUGGACAUGUUUCCCCAAAUGAGAAACACAAAGGGAGUUUGGUAGAAGGUUUUACCCAAACUCAGAUUAGUACACUAGCCGUCAAAGACAAACUCAUGGUUGCAGGGGGGUUCCAAGGAGAAUUAGUAUGCAAGCGCCUUGAUAAAAAAGGAAUAAGUUUUUGUGCUCGGACAACAUAUGAUGACAAUGCUAUCACCAAUGCAGUCGAGAUAUAUAACAGUUUGAGUGGUUGUUACCAUUUCAUGGCAUCAAACAAUGAUUGUGGAAUACGACUAUAUGAUAUGGAGAGUUUUCAGCACCUGAGCCACUUUCGUUUCCCUUGGCCAAUAAAUCACACAUCAAUUAGCCCAGAUCGGAAGCUUAUUGCUGUAGUGGGUGAUCAUGUCGAUGGGUUGCUAGUUGAUUCACAAAGCGGAAAGGUUGUUUCAACUGUGGAAGGUCACCGUGAUUAUUCAUUUGCUACGGCUUGGCACCCAGACGGCCGCGUUUUUGCGACAGGCAAUCAAGAUAAGACAUGCCGUGUUUGGGACGUGCGAAAGCUUUCAGAAUCAGUUGCCGUUUUGAAAGGAAAUUUGGGUGCAACUCGAUCGAUCCGAUUCUCAUCAGACGGCAAGUUUAUGGUGGCUGCUGAGCCAGCUGAUUUCGUUCAUGUGUACAAUACAAGAGCAAAUUACGAGAAGCGACAGGAGAUUGAUUUCUUUGGGGAGAUUUCGGGAGUAUCUUUGAGCCCUGACGACGAGUGUUUAUACAUAGGAAUAUGGGACAGGACUUACGCGAGCUUAUUACAGUACAAUAGAAAACACGCGUACCAAUACCUGGAUUCGUUCGUCUAAGUAAUGGGAAACCAUUCAAUUCAUUAGCAAAAGGGUUUGAAGAUUGUGCUUUAAGGUUUUCUAAAACUGUGGAUCUUUUGGCAUGAAAUAGGCAAAAUUAGAAUAAAGCAGCAGGAGAUAAUGCUAGUAAGUUAGUAGUAAUAGUAUACCUUGUAGAUUUGUACAGUGAGAGGUAUGCUAUCAUAGUAUGACAGGAGCUACCUUUUCUAUUUCAAUCCCCCCAUCCCCUUCUUUUUUUUUCUUUUUUUUGCUGUUUUUCUGUUGUUUUUCGCGCGUUUGCUGGAUGUAAGUAUCAGUGUAACAUUGUCUGAAAUCUAGUCUGUGAAGAAGUGAACACCAAAUCUAUGAAAGAUGAGGUCUGAAGUCCCAUUUUACGAGAAGGGUUCUGUUUCUUCUGUAAUGAACAAAAGAUGUACGAUGUAUUCUAGUUUGGGGGAGUUAACGUCUUUUUCAUGAUAUAGAAAUUCGGAGUUUUCGAAA